GUUAUAUCUUCCUGAACUAAAAAUGAAAUCAUUCUUGCGAAAGCUACAAAGUAAACGACAGAGCAGGAUCUUCGUACGUACCCACGACAGCGCCCCUGAAAAUUUAUCAACAUCCUUCGCUUCCCUGCAUGCUCUGCCAAUGAACCUCCAUGUCGCUAUUGGUCCCUCGAAUGUCAUUGAACUUUAAUAAAGAGACGAUGUAAAUCUUGCAGGGCUUGUUCCCGUAAGUAGUCGAAGGCGUUCAGCAUUUUUGCCCAGAACAAGAGUUCGGAGUGCAUGCUCUUCGUUAAAAAAAGCCACAAUUUUGGGUUAAUAUUGCUGUUGACUGUAGUUUGAUAGUUAGGUAGCCUGAAAAUUCUAGGGGAACGUUGUCUUUACGUCCCAAGAUGGACUAAUUAGUUAUCCCCCUGGGAGAACAGCCAAUCCUUACCGGACGGAUGCUCCUCAAAGCUUGCACAUACGGGGUGCUGGGGAAAGGGAUAAAGUAUCCAGGUUCAAUACUCCGUACAAAUAUAUAUUAUAUUCAAUUGCCCUGUCACGGAUAUUGCCCACAUGCACGAAAAUUCCAGUAGCCUGGGUUCGGCCGGAAACCUGACUGCUUAUCCAAUAGCCUAGUAGUGAGGAACAGGAAAGAGUGGAUAUUUAACGUACUGUCGUGGCCUCUCCCACACAAUAUUCGAUAUAUCGCCUGCAACCAUGACUGCCCUGGAUACCUCAUAUGCAAGCGGUUUCCAAAAGGAAACGUGGACCUUAUAUUCCUUUGGAAUCUUGGUCUUGGUUUUACGAACGUAAGUUCUCCCAUGGAUAGCGCCUCAUCUCUUAGACUUAUCAUGGACUGACGUAUAGGGGGAUUUGUUGCGGUUGGCAGAAUUGCUCGAGUGAGACGACUCGGACUGGGUUCGCUACAGUAUGACGAUUAUCUGAUGAUCACAGGAGGCAUAUGGUACACAUUGCUAUGCAUCUCCCUAAAUCAAGUGGUCGCCGUUGGUGGUUCCAAUUUGAUGGAUGAAGAGGACAUACGGAAUCUCACCCCAGAGAUCAAGGCACAGCGUGUCAAGGGGAGCAAAUGGGUGUUUGUUUCAGAACAUGCGUUUGUGAUGACUAUUUGGACGUUGAAGGCAUGCAUGAUCAUAUUAUACCGCCGUAUCAUGGAUGGAUUAAGCCAACAGCGCCUUGUGAAAUAUCUCACCAUCUGGGUUUUCCUGGGAUUCGUCGGUUCGGAGCUGGCUCUCUUCUUAAUAUGCCGACCUCUACCUAACUAUUGGGCUGUUCCCACACCAGACUGUUAGUUCAAUCUCGAAAAUAACCCAUAGUAAUAUUGCGCAAAAAUACUAAUACGUUGUGACUAGAUCAAUGCUCGUCAUACCAAUACUAUGAGAUCAUUCAGGGUGUUCUCGCGAUUUCAUCCGAUAUUCUCAUGUUGCUCAUCGCUAUUCCACUCCUGAUGGCUGUGCGGCUACCCCAAAGACAGAAAUUGAUUCUUGUUUUCAUAUUUGGACUGGGUAUUUUCAUCAUCAUUGCGGCGGUCUUGACAAAGGUGUACUGUCUGGUACCAUCCCUGAUCUCCUAUGUGUACCUGAACUGGUACUUUAGAGAAGCGACCGUCGCAAUGCUUGUCACUUGUCUCCCCAUGACAUGGUCGUUGUUAAGAGAUAUAUUCCCUGCCCUUAAGAGCUGGACGGGCGGAUCACGACAAGAUGGGACAGGAAAAGUAACAUCGGGACGCAGAACAGGGUCUCGUCCUCCUUUCCAGUCGACAAAGGACCACAUGCAACUGAACUCCUUCAGCCGCGGCCAGUUAUCCCACGGGAACACCACUGAAAGUGAAAUAGGGUACGAGUCCAGCCAUGGACUACCACAUGGCCAUGGUACCAAGUAUCAGGAUGACGCUGAGCCCCUGAAAUCGAUACAUGUUCGUCAGGAUGUUACCGUGACGGUGCAAGAUGAGCGGGACAGCGACGAGACGCUUUCGAAUAGUUAUCCUCGACAUCAGCGUAAGCCAGCAGGCUGGGAUCUGGCGUAAUUCCUCUCAUAAUAUAUGAAGCCCGCCUGCUCGGUGAUUUUCCACGAAUUUAUACCCUGAUUAGGAGGAGAUUUAUGGCGUUUGUUUGCUUGUUGAUCGCGAUGGUUUCGUUGGGCUCACGAUGCUGGUGAUAUUUCUUCCUUGUAAAUAUUAUA